AUGGCAACUUGGAGAGCAUUAGUAUCACCAAAUAAAAAUAUAUCACUUUCUGUUUCUAAUAAGGAAUCUUUUGAUAAUAGAAUAGUCACAUAAAUAAAGGCUAGACAUGCAAAAACAAUUACUUAAAGCACAAAUCUAUCUUAAUAUAAACCAACAAUCAAAAGAGAAUAUUCUGAAUCAAUUGAUUGUGAUUAAGCAUUUAUUUAAUCAUCUUCUAAAGACUUUUUAGUUGUAAGAAUAAUUAUAAUAAAUUUAAGAAUUUUAAUGUAAAUAAAGACUAGACUUAAUUAAACGAAAUCAAGCAUUUCUUAAUCUAAAAUUCGAUUAAUUUAAAAUAAUUACAUAAGAGCAUCGAUAAAUUUGAUUAUAAUUAAAGACAAAUUUAAGCAUUAUAAAAAUAAAUACUUCAUUAAAGAAGUAAGUACAAUUUAUCUAUAAACACAAAAAUAAAUCAAUGCCAAAAAAAAUUAUAAGAUAUCUAAUUAUUACUUUUGAGUAAAAAGUGA